UCUUAUUUAUUCCGGCUACUUGUGGCAGAUUCCGGUACCCAAUGUCAGAACUCCGGUUCUACUUUUCUCAUCUAUUUAUAACCCCACUCUCACCCUUCUUUAGCCUUACACACGCCACCCCCUCCCAUUUUUCGCAAGACAGACAGCGGCCACCCAGUCUUCUCUUGGCGAAAACAAAGGCAUAAAACACCGUACAGUGGUGUGUGCAAACUCACGUAUAUAGUUAGUACUUAGUGAGAGAGACAGCAAUAACACGUUUCGGUUAGAGAGAGAGAGUGUACCAGGGUUAGGCAUGAAAACGUACAAAGUUGCCUAAUCCUCACAGUACCCACCCUCUCCCUUUUUCUUUCCGCAAAGCACAUUUCUUGGUUCCCCUUUUCCUCUCUCUCUCUCUCUCUCUCUCUCUCUCUCUACCUUCUCUGUCUGUUUCUAUCUGUCUUGGUGAUGAACAGAGCGUUGCCGGAGAUGCUACACUGCAUUAACACGCCGGGGAAUGUCGCCGGGAGUUUUACGGACAUGAGUGUGCUGGAGAGACAGAGAGCUCGGAUCAAGUGGCAACAAGAACAGUUACUCAAUCAACCACCUUGUUACUUUGAGGCGAACAAUCAGUUUAAUGGGUACUCUAUGCCAAACCACGCUCAGGAAUUUCACAACUUGAUCAACAGUGAGGUGGGUCUUGUAGUGAAGGCGGAUCCGGGUUUGGAUAACAGGUGGCAGGAAUUUGGUCAGUUUGGUGGGGAGGGUUCGGGUCUUGGGUCUAGUGGGUUUGUGAAUGGGUCUGGGUUUGAGCUGAAUUAUGGAAUAUCAAGGACUCUUAGCUGCCCACAAGAAGUGGCGGCGGCAAUGGAGGCGGCACGGAGGGAGUCCGUUUCGCCUGAGAAGAUGAGUUCUGCAGUGGGAAGGGAGAGCUUCAAGAAGAGGAAGGCUGACAGGAACCAGAGUCUAAAGGCAGUAGCAGAAGAGGAACCUAACGAGAAAAGGAUCAAAGAAUGUAAUGAAGAGGAUGAGUCCAAGAUCACAGAGGAAUAUAGCAACAACAGCAAGAACACCACCAACAACGAUUAUAACAUUAAGAGAGAAACUUCUGCAGAUACCUCAAAGGACAACUCAAAGGUUUCCGAGGUCCAAAAGCCCGAUUACAUCCACGUUCGCGCGCGCCGCGGCCAAGCCACUGACAGCCACAGCUUAGCUGAAAGAGUGAGGAGGGAGAAAAUCAGUGAGAGAAUGAAAUAUCUACAAGAUUUAGUACCAGGAUGUAAUAAAAUCACGGGAAAGGCCGGAAUGCUCGACGAAAUCAUCAACUAUGUCCAAUCUCUUCAAAGACAAGUGGAGUUCCUGUCUAUGAAACUAGCUGCUGUAAAUCCAUCACUCGACUUCAACAUUGACAGCUUUUUCGCAAAAGAGGUUAUUGCUUCCACACAACAGGUUUUUCCAGCAAGCACGUCCAAUUUCGCAAUUGGGGUACAAUCAGAAAUUACUAAUCCUGCCUACCUCCAGUUUAAUCCACUACAACAACUAGCUUCAUGUACUGGGUUGGAAAUGGGAAUCAAUACUCCUGAUAUGGCACUUCGAAGGACUACCAGCGCUCCUCUAUCGCUACCCGAAACAUUUCUCGAUUCAUCCUGUUUCGAUCAAAUCCAAACCUCAACAGCUUGGGAUGGAAAUUUGCAAAACAUUUACGGUAUGGAGUUUCUGCAAGGAAGAUCAACCUCAUUUUCAGCCCAGCAAUUUACAGGUUCGAAUGAAGCAAGCAAUCUGAAGAUGGAGAUGUGAACCACAAUAUAAAUCAUAUGAUUUAUUGCAUGAUUGUAAUCCAAAAGCCUUCUAUUCUGAUUCUUUUUUUUCCUCUAUUGCCAGUACAUAACGUGUAGGGUCGUAUGUAUACUAGCACUUGUAGGCUGUAGCCAUAACUAUUAUAAUGAGAAGAUACCUAUGAACCUCA